AUGACACUUAUUAUCGUGAGACUUUUUUCUUCUCAUUUAGCAACAAAUAAUCAUAGUGUACCAAUACGUCCACCUCCGACAUCAUCGUCGUCGUCGUCAACAACAUCCACUGUAUCAAAUCAACUAUCACAAUCAGGAAAUUUGAAAGCAACAAACAAUAAUAAUAAUGUUCGAAAAGAUAAAUCGACACGAAUGCGAACUGUUUUGAACGAAAAACAAUUGCAAACCUUACGAUCAUGUUACAACGCCAACCCUCGACCGGAUGCACUUAUGAAAGAACAUCUUGUUGAACUGACUCAAUUAUCACCACGUGUCAUACGCGUUUGGUUUCAAAAUAAGCGUUGUAAAGAUAAAAAGAAGAGCAUUUUAGUCAAACAAAAUCAAGAACAACAGAAGGUCAUGACUAGUCUCAAUCACGGUAUACCAAUGAUCGCUUCAUCACCUGUAUCCAACGACAUGAACAUCGGUUUACCAUCGCCAUCCUAUGUUCAAGUGCAAUAUCAUUCAGGCGGAUCGUGGAAAACGUACAAUUCCUAUCCGAAUGGACAUCGUCUCCAAGUUCAACAUCAGAAUUUCCAAGAUCUUCCUGGUUUUGCGUCUGAAGACGAUAGUACAUGUUUCGAUGCAUCACAAUUCAGCGAAGAACGUAGUGACACGAGUUGUGAUGGAAGUGGAACAGGUCAACUGACACUCUUGUAAAAUCAUCGUUUUUCUUUUUGCUUAUAAUAAAAUUCAAUUAAAGAAUAUAUAUGUAUAUGUAUUCGUCCGCUAAUUCGAUUAGUUCAUUUUCUCCUAAAGAUCAAAGUUAAUUUAGAAAAACGACCAUCAUUUUUUUUGUCUACAUAUUCCAUCAUUCAGAAUAAUCAAUCGAGUAUAGUUGAUUCGAU